AUGGGUGAUCAGCAGGCCCAAGCAGCAACAAUGAGAAAUUUGGAGCGACAAAUGGGACAACUUGCCAGUGCCCAAAAUACUCGACCAGUUGGAGCUCUUCCAAGAGACACUGAGGCUAAUCCUAAGGAGUUAGAGAAGCCAGCUGAAGAGGCGGUGGCUAAACCUCCACCAUUAGUUGCGAGGCCACCACCUCCGUUCCCUCAAAAUUUGCAGAAAGUGAAGGAUAAUGUUUCGUAUAAAAAGUUUAUUGAUAUUUUGAAGCAAGUGCAAAUCAAUAUUCCACUAGUAGACAUUCUGCAAGAAGUGCCCAAAUAUGCAAAAUACAUCAAGGACAUAGUGGCAAAUAAAAGGAGGUUGAAUGAAUUCAAGACUGUGGCACUCAUUGAGGAAUGUAGUUCUAGAAUCCAAACCAAGCUACCUCAGAAAUUGAAGGAUCCGGGUAGUUUCACUAUCCAAAUCUCGAUUGGAGUGAUUGGAGAUGUGUUAGUUCAAGUGGGUUCUUUCAUAUUCUCUGCUGAUUUUAUUAUCUUGGACUACGAGCCUGAUCACGAAGUCCCAUAUAUUUUGGGGCAUCCAUUUUUAGCCACGGACCGAGCUAUUAUUGAUGUAUGCAAAGGAAAGAUGACGAUGAGAGUUGGUGAUCGAGUGGAGGUAUUCAAUAUGUAUAAAGCACUUAGAUUGCCAGCCCACUAUGAAGAGCUAUCCAUGAUUUCUAUGGUGGAAAGUGGUGUUACGUCAUUGGUGCCUUGUAUGAGCCCCUUAGAUCCUCUUGAACGAGCUUUGAUUGGGGAUGAAGAAGACAGUUAA